CUCGGCCAGUACGAAAUCCAGCAUGCUGUUUUAUCCGUGAAGAUUAACAAGAAACAAAAACGGUUUCUGGUGGAUUUGGUAAUUGUUGGGUGAGAAGCGGUAAAAGUUGUGUAACGUUAGCUUUCUUGCUCGCCAGUUUAUAGCCUAAAAUUGCCGAAGGUGAUUUGAUUUUUUAGCAUGCUCUAUUCUCAUCAACAAAGAUCAUUAUUAGCUAGCUACCUAGCGCUAGCAGUACUCAAUUUAGUGCAGACAUAGCUUGCUACAGCCUUAGCAAAGAGGCUAGUGCCAUAAAAUACCCUAAAGGGCACUUUAUGGCAUGGUUGGGACCCGCAAGACGUUCAAUUAUGAUAAUGGUGUGAAUAGAUCGCUGCUAUUGCUGGUGGUUUGUUUAUAAGUAGACUAGCUAGCUAGUUCCGAGCGUCUGGCUCUUAGUAGGCUUCAGCAUUUCGUAGUUUUGUUCAUGCAGGCUUAUGGCUUCUUCAUCAUUCUGAAUAAUUUAUUUGAUAAUGCAGCGUAAUGUUACAUUUUGUGUUGGAUGGGUGAUGGACUGGUCUAGCUCUUGAGUCCAGUCAGCUUGGUCUUUUCCCAACAGAAUUCAAAGAAAUAUGAAGGUUAACCAGACUGAGGUACUCAAGUCAGCAAGAUGGAGAACAAACCAGGAAAAAGCUACAUAACCUAGAGGCCUAAACAGUCCAACACGAGUGGGGUUACAUUCAACUCCAUCCAAAUAAAAAAGGAACCAAGAUUUGAGCAGAAGAAAAUGGGUGACCGUUCCAAACUUUCCUUGCUGAAGAAGCAUGUCAAGCAACAUCAAACUACAUCCAACCAACCGACCCCGUGUAGCCAGAUAUCAUGGAGUCCUCUAGUGAUGCUAACAAGAUUGUCUAAUGUGGUGGUUAAGACUCUUCUGAGAGACACUAAAGUGUGUUUAGUGAAGGAAGAGACUGAUGCCAGGAAGGAUGAAGACAACAAUGGCGCGCUUUUUAAAUGAUGUACACAAGAUGAUUUGUAUGCAGACUCUCCUGGUGAUGACUGACAAGAAAGAAUUUCAAAUGAAGAAGCACUCUAGUCAACAAGAUGAAGAGCAAACCUGGGAAAAAGCAACACAACAAAACCAAGAGGACUAAAUACCAUCGAGACCCCAUCAAAACAGAGUGUGGAACACAGUCAGAUGAUGUUGACUGCAAUAGAGAAGAACUAGACGUUAGCCAAGCACCCUACAUUACUAAAGGGGUUUGUAUCAGCUCCAUCUUAAUCAAAGAGGAACCAACAGACUUUGAAUUGCAGGGAAUGGGCAAGGAACAUAACCGUUCUGAUCCUUCCUUCCAGAAGAAGCAUAUCAAACAUCAAAAUACAUCCAAUCCUAUGACCCGGUGUAGCCAGAUAUCAAGGAGUCCUAUGGUGAUGCUAACAAGAUUGUCUAAUGUGGUGGUUAAGACUCUUCUGCGAGACAGUAAAGUGUGUUUGGUGAAGGAGGAAAACCCAGACGAGACAGAUGGAGUCUCUACUUCUCAGUUCUUUCCUUGUCCACACUGCACCAUCUCCUUCACUGACUGUUACUUCCUGGAGAAUCACAUCAAGACCAAACACCCAAAGCAGUACCUAGCCAUGCUGAAAAGCCACGUCUCAAAGAGUAAAACCGUGUACACCCCCACACACAGCUGUCCCCACUGUAGCUGCAUGUUCCAUACCCCACGGCAGCUACACAUCCACACCCGUCAGGCCCACCCCUCUGCCCCGCUACGGAAACUCCACCCCUGCCCGUAUUGUGCCCGCAGCUUCCAGUACAUAGCCAGACUGCAUACUCACUGCAAGGUUUGGCACAAAAUGGCUGUUGCUUUCACCGAUGGAUACCUCAGUUGCGCUGACUGUGGAAAGAGCUUCAAGAAUUGCUGGGGACUGGGGCCUCACUGGUGUCACAAGCCUGAGGACACUAAGCCUGAGGAUGGCCCUGUCUGUCUGAACAUCGGCAUGCCAUGCUCAGAGUGUGGCAAAAGCUGCUCUAGUCCUCGGAAUCUGCGCAUUCACAUGCGCACACACACCGGCGAGAAGCCUUACGUCUGCAAGGAAUGUGGCAAGAGCUUCUCAGAAGACAGCAGUUACCGUAAACACAUGAUGAUACACUCGGGGGUCAAGCCAUUCAAAUGCCAGGACUGCGGAAAGGAUUUUGCCCGGAUGGGGCGCCUCAGAGUUCACAUGACCAUUCACUCUGGCGAGAAGUCCUUCUCCUGCUCCAAAUGCGACAAGCGGUUUGCAUACAAGGACUGUCUGAAGCUUCACCUGCGCACACACUCAGGGGAGAGACCUUUCAAAUGUACUGUGUGUGGUAAAGACUUUGCUUACAGAAAUUAUCUGAAGUUGCAUCUGAAGAUCCACAACAAUGAAAGGAACUACCAUUGUGGGGUUUGUGGGCUGAAGUUCAUAAACAGUGCAGCGUUGAAAACCCACCAGCGCGCACACACUGGGGAGAGGCCUUUCCAUUGCACAGUGUGUGACAAGACAUUUUUCCGACAUGAACACCUGAAGAACCACCAGCGCACUCACACAGGUGAGAAACCAUACACCUGUACAGAGUGCGGUAAAAGCUUCACUCAGUCUGGAGAUCUGACCAAACACAAGCGCAUCCACACUGGGGAGAGGCCAUUUGAAUGUUCUGAAUGCCACCGACGGUUUAUCUGUUCUGCUGAUCUGACCAGACACAUGAGGAUCCACAAUAACUCACGGCCAUAUCCCUGCCAGGAGUGUGACAAGAGCUUCCGCUUGGCCAACCACCUUAAAAUUCACAUGAGGACCCACACUGGGGAGAGACCAUACUCCUGCCACCGCUGCCAUCGCACCUUCGCUCGCACCCACCACCUCUCCGGUCACCUGCCUAGAUGUCGCUGAAUGAUGAAAUUACACUGUAUAUAAAUAAACUAUUUUACUCUUGUUGUAGUUAUUUAACAAGGGAACAGUGAUGUACAGAAGAUGGUUUUGUGCCUGACUCUGACCUGGUAAUGCCAAUAAAUGGUAAUGACAAUAAAGGCCUCUAUACUCUGUGAA